UAAAUAUCUGUUGAUAUUUUCAUUUGAAAUAAAUAAUUUUUUCAUCAAAUCGAAUUUUGAGAUAUUUUUAAAGUUCGAUUUAUUUCACGUUACAGAAAUUCGCUAUUGAUUUUCCAUGUUCCCUUGCCCACGAGGAUUGCGUAAUAUUCCAAUUGUCUAUUAAUUAUUUGGAAAAAUGUCUAGGUCCAUAAAUUUUCGAAUUGUCGUUCUGGUUGUAAUGUUCUUUGUGAAUAUUUAAAAAUCAUAUAUUUUUGUAUUUGUAAAGACCAUUCAAGUGCCUCUGGGAGUCUUUUAUAAGUAUUUAAAAUCCCCAUUAGAUAUUUAAAUUGAGAAUAAUUAUUAUGGAGGAGUGAAAUAUAUAUUACAUUGUAAAUUUUAAUCGUGAGAAGACCUCGAGGUGCCAGCCAAUGGUUUCAAGAGAGAAAACUAUUGUUCAUUCAAUUAGUAUUAAUUAAAGAUAAAAACGAGGGAACAAAAUUGCUCAAUAAAAAGGCAACGAAGGAAAUUAAAUGAUGCCAUCAAUUAAAAUUGAUGAAUAUAUAAUUAAAUAAACAAUCCAGUGCUCUCUGCGCAUCAUCCUUCGAAUAAAGACAAAAAGGUGUCCAUUGGAAAAAAAAAUCCAUUUAAGCAACUGUCGAUUGCUCUCUAAAAUAAUUCAGAUCUGUUAGAUUUUAAUUCGCGACAGUUUAAAUAAAUGAAAAAAAAAAUAAUCAUUCAGAGAGAAACGUCACUUGAUUAUUAAGAAAAUAAAUGAAAUACUCAGGUGUCCACAGUUGUAACAAUUCCCGUAAAAACUUAUGUAAAGAUAUAAAUAUGAAAAUUAGUAUUAAUUAGUUAAAUUAAAAGACACAAGGUGAUACCAAAUACAAGGCAUGUAGAUUGUUGAUGCAAUAAUUUAAGAAGAGAAUUGUCAUAUUCGUGUGUGUGUGUUUUUUUUAUUAUUUAAGAUAUUUAAGUUCAAUUGUUCUUAAUUAUUCGUGGAGAAGGAGGAGAUGGUAAAUGAGUUGAGGAUCGCAUUUACUAAGGGCGUUCUAACUUCAACUCUAAGAAAUAGAAAUUUUUUAUUCAACCAUUUGGCUGAAACUUUAUUUAAAAACCUGCAGCAAUCCUCUACUCGAUUUCCAUCCCCUUUUUUCCUUCAUAAAAUCUAAACAAUUUCCAAUACUCUCUUCGGAUCACUCAUUAUCAAAAUCAAAUUCCUACGAACGUCGAGAUUUAAAUUUUGUAUUUCACCACUGAAAUUAAUUAAUUAAAUUAAUUAAUUCCAGUUCCCGCCAAUAAAUUUGAAAUUCAAAUGUUGAAUAAACGGCAAAAGAGGUUCUGAAAUUGUCCACUCGUGGCAGCACAUACCGCACAAGUACGCGUGGUUGUGUUUACGUCUGGUCUUUUUCAUUUUCUGCCAUGUCGGCUGCCAACAGACAAGUUCAGUCCCAAAAAUUAAGCAACAAGUAACCACCAGUGAUCACGAUCCACCGGUAUUCAAUUAAAAAAAUGUCCUCGUGUGUGGAGAUUAUCGAAGACAUCGAGGAUCUCAUAUCCUCCCAGGACAUAACCCCAAAGGAGCGUUACAGUACUCGUAAAAACGUGACAAUUCGUUCGAAAGUGAAACAUAAAAAUGGAUUACUCGAGGAGACGAGGAAACCUGAAAUUUUAUCGAGUGUUAUCCCAGGGACUCAGACGAUCUACGUGAAAACAUGGGGAUGCACUCACAACAGCUCCGAUUCGGAGUACAUGGCAGGUCAGCUCGCUUUUUAUGGCUAUAACCUCACUCAGGAUAAAUUGGAGGCCGAUCUCUGGUUGUUGAAUUCGUGCACUGUGAAAGCACCUGCUGAGGAUCAUUUUAGGAAUGAAAUCGAGGCUGGAAGAAAGAUGGGGAAGCAUGUGGUCGUUGCCGGAUGUGUCCCCCAGGGAGCUCCAAAGACAUCAUUUCUCUCUAAUCUCAGUGUAAUCGGAGUUCAGCAAAUCGAUCGGGUGGUAGAAGUGGUGGAGGAAACCCUCAAAGGCAAUACAGUGCGUUUUCUUUCCCAGAAGAAGAGCUCGGGUAAAAAAAUGGGUGGAGCUGCGCUGUCGCUACCGAAGGUACGGAGAAAUCCCCUGAUCGAGAUAAUUGCGAUAAACACAGGUUGCCUGAACCAGUGCACCUACUGCAAGACAAAACACGCCAGAGGAGAGCUAGGUAGUUAUCCUCCGGAGGAAAUUGUCCAGCGAGCAGUCCAGGCAUUUGAGGAGGGAGUGGUCGAGCUGUGGCUCACGUCGGAGGACACUGGAGCAUACGGUCGAGACAUCGGUACAAAUCUUCCCGAGCUCCUCUGGAAAAUCGUCAGAGUCAUCCCCAAGGGCUGCAUGAUGCGCGUGGGAAUGACCAAUCCUCCCUACAUUCUGGAGCACCUCGAGGAAAUUAGUCGAAUCCUUCAACACCCCAGGGUCUACAAAUUUCUCCACGUGCCAGUGCAAUCUGGAAGUGAUCAGGUACUCAGUGACAUGAAGAGGGAGUACUCCAGGGAGGAUUUUGAGAGGGUCGUUGACGUGCUCCAGGAGAAGGUGCCUGGAGUGACGAUUGCCACUGACAUCAUCUGUGGAUUUCCCACUGAAAGGGACGAGGACUUUGAGGAGACAAUGAGUCUCUGUAGAAAAUACAAAUUUCCCAGUCUUUUCAUUAAUCAGUUUUUUCCACGUCCUGGAACUCCGGCUGCAAAAAUGGAGAAGGUACCCACGCAACUGGUGAAGACGAGGACGAAAAAACUCUCUGAAUUUUUCCAGUCGUAUGAGCCAUAUGGAAGGAGAGUGGGAGAUGUCCAGAGUGUGCUCAUCACUGAGGUGUCGCAUGAUAAAAAAUUUUACGUCGGGCACAACCAGUGGUAUGAGCAGGUGCUCGUGGAGAUGAGGGAGGAAAUAAUGGGGAGAAUGGUUCGAGUCAGGAUCGUCGAGGCUAUGAAGUUUUCUAUGAAGGGUCAACUGUUGGAGGAAGUGGAGGAAGAGGAGGAAGAGGAAGUGAAAACUGGAGAAGUGCUGGAGGCGGGAAAACGGUGGCUGGGGGCCAGGCAGAUGAUGCCUGAGGUCUGGAGAAUUGUUCCAGUGUUUUUGGUGCUCGUCGCAUUUUUUGGGAGAAUGAUCUGGAGAUUUUUUAUGGCUUGAGGCAGUCUGUGGCGAGUGAAGAAGUAAAGGAGAUUUUUUUUUGUGAAAUAAAACUAUGGACGUGAUUUCGUUGCGUAAAAAAGAUCGCUGGUGGUUCUUCUUUGGGCAACUCGAAGAAACCGAUGAAACGAAAUUUCGAUUAAUCAAUUGAUUGGAGGAUCCAAUAAAUGUAUACUAGAUUAUUUUCAUGAGUUUCUUCGAUUUCGAUUAUCGAAUAUUGCACCAGUUGAAGUAUUUCUCGUCGUCAAUUUCAUCAGAUCUCGAUUGUAAUUAUAUAUUUCUGACGUUAAUUAAAAAAUUGACGACAAUUUGUUAAAAUUAUUGUAAUAAUACCGUAAUCGUGUCAUACUUCAAUUGUCUUUUGAAGAUUUGUUUUACAUGGGAAUUACGAAAACCACGAGUAAAAAAGUGAAUUAAUUUCGUCACAAUUUUUUAACAACUAUUCGUCAAAUUAAUGUUAUCUAUCGAUGAUCGUUGAUUUUCGUCUAAAAGGAGAUCACAAAUUCGUGUCAACGGUCGAUAGAUUGGAAUGAAAAAUAAUUGCAACAUACUGCGAUUUUUUAAUUAAUGAAAUCACAAAAAGUUUUCUCCUCAAUUGGCAGUGAUGGUCUAGUGCUCUAGCCCAAUCCGAGGACGUACUUGGGUAGAUUGUAGGCAAAUCGAGGAAUUGCCAUGACCACAGACAUCCUAAUGGAUGAGAGAAAAUAUAAUUAAUAAAACUUAUUACUGAAAUUAAUGCAUACACAAUUUGGCAUAAUGACAAAAAAAAUUUGAAAAACCGGCUCCUUCCGCCUUCCUGUGAUCCUAUUCCCCAACUCCAAGUGGCAGGAUAUUUUCAGCUGAACUUCAAAAAUGCAUCAAGGAAAAGGGUUAAAAAAAACGAAUAACUCUUCAAUUCUUCUGCAAUCCUGUUAUAAUACUCGAAUUUUAUUCAAAUUUGGAUGGAAUCAGGUUCAAUUCUCUAUCAUUUGGAGCAGGAGCACAGAAGAAUUGAAGAGUUAUUCCAUGUUUUCAGGCAUUUGGAGGCUUAGAAAGGCGAUGGAGAAAAUGUCGGCGAGCAUCGGAUUACUCCUCAAGUCUUCUGCGAUCCUGGUAUGCAACUGAGAUGAGCUCCACUUUUCUGAGAGUAGAAUAGGAAACAAACCCUUCAUUCCUCAAUGAAUAGGGGCUACCUCUUGCCACCUCCUGUGCUCCUGAUACAAAUCUCGAAUUUUUGGUUCAAAUUUUAGCGGAAUGAGCUCCAAGUUGCGGGAAUUUUCCUCCGAUUUGGAUCAGGAGCAUAGAAGGAUAGAGGAGUUAUUUGCCACUUCGUCACGUAGCAUCGACUACCUCUUUGCGCUUUCUGUGCUCCUGAUACAAAUCCCGAAUUUUUGGUUCAAAUUUUAGCGGAAUGAGCUCCAAGUUGCGGGAAUUUUUCUCCGAUUUGGAUCAGGAG